GCGAGCGGCGGGGCAGCCAGUUUGCGCGCAGGGCGCCGACCGAGAGCCACUGCGUUGCCAUGAGCGCGCCCCGGGACAUCGGCUCCUUCGUGGUCUGGGACUAUGUGGUGUUCGCCGGGAUGCUGCUCAUCUCGGCCGCCAUCGGCAUCUACUACGCCUUCGUGGGACGCGGCGAGCAGACCUCCAAGGAGUUCCUGAUGGGCGGCCGCAGAAUGACCGCCGUGCCUGUGGCGCUGUCCCUCACCGCCAGCUUCAUGUCGGCCGUCACGGUCCUGGGCACCCCAUCCGAGGUCUACCGCUUUGGGGCCAUAUUCAGCAUCUUUGCCAUCACCUACUUCUUUGUGGUCCUCAUCAGCGCGGAGGUCUUCCUCCCGGUGUUCUACAAACUGGGGAUUACCAGCACCUACGAGUAUUUGGAACUUCGAUUUAACAAAUAUGUUCGUCUCUGUGGAACAAUUCUCUUUAUUGUUCAAACCAUUCUGUAUACUGGAAUUGUUAUUUAUGCCCCUGCCCUGGCCUUGAAUCAAGUCACAGGAUUUGAUCUGUGGGGCGCAGUAGUAGCCACAGGAGUGGUCUGCACGUUCUACUGCACUUUGGGUGGGCUUAAAGCAGUUAUCUGGACGGAUGUUUUUCAAGUUGGUAUCAUGGUGGCUGGAUUUGCAUCUGUAAUUAUACGGGCUGUUGUGGUUCAAGGUGGAAUUGACAAUAUUCUGAAUGAUUCCUAUAAAGGUGGAAGAUUAAACUUCUGGAAUUUUGAUCCUAACCCUUUGCAAAGACACACAUUCUGGACAAUUAUUAUAGGAGGGACCUUCACAUGGACCAGCAUUUAUGGUGUCAACCAAUCCCAAGUACAGAGAUAUAUUUCCUGUAAAAGCAGAUUCCAAGCAAAAAUGUCUCUCUACAUCAACCUCCUGGGACUCUGGGCAAUCCUUGUCUGUUCAGUGUUUUCUGGACUCGCCCUAUAUUCCAGAUACCAUGACUGUGAUCCUUGGACAGCCAACAAAGUGUCUGCACCUGACCAGCUCAUGCCUUAUUUUGUAUUGGACAUUCUACGAGAUUUUCCGGGACUUCCUGGGCUUUUUGUGGCCUGUGCUUACAGUGGUACUCUAAGUACAGUAUCCUCCAGUAUUAAUGCCUUAGCAGCAGUAACUGUGGAAGAUCUAGUCAAACCUUACUUCCGUUCACUGUCGGAAAAGUCUCUCUCCUGGAUUUCCCAAGGACUGAGUGUGCUAUAUGGAGCCCUGUGUAUUGGAAUGGCUGCUCUGGCAUCACUGAUGGGAGCUUUGUUGCAGGCAGCACUCAGCAUAUUUGGUAUGGUUGGUGGACCACUUAUGGGCUUGUUUUCUUUGGGAAUUUUGGUUCCCUUUGCCAACUCAAUUGGAGCAAUUGUUGGUUUGAUGACUGGAUUUGCUAUUUCUUUGUGGGUUGGAAUUGGAGCUCAACUUUAUCCUCCUCUUCCCGAGAGAAUGAUGCCACUAAGCCUUGAAACCUAUGGCUGUAACAACACAUUCAAUGGAACAGGUUCAAUGAUAACUACAGAGAUGCCAUUUUCUACUAGUUCUGGAAUACAAGACACUGGAAGGACCCCACUGAUGGAUAACUGGUAUUCUCUAUCAUAUCUAUACUUCAGCACUCUUGGAACCUUGAUAACAGUAUUUGUGGGAAUGCUUGUCAGUUUACCAACAGGUGGAAGAAAACAAAACUUAGACAAAAAAUUUCUACUAACCAAAGAGGACUUUCUAUCCAAUUUUGACUUUAAGAAAAAGAACCAGGUUUUAAGCUAUAAAUCUCAUCCAGUAGAAGAUGGUGGAACUGAUAAUCCUGCAUUCAACCAUGUUGAAUUGAACCUCACAAAUCAAAGUGACAAGGACAAUGGGACUCAUUUGUGAAGCAGCUCUGACACUAGGUGAUCUUAAACAGUGUCUCAGAUUUGCAUGUUUUCUGAGAUAAUUGGAUCAGGUUUAUAUUUUUUUUCUUUUUUGUCUAUUAUGUCUAUCAAAACAGGGGCUGUUUUGGGAAAUAACAUCUUGUUAAAGCAAAGUCAUGACUUCCUUCCCUUGUGACACUCACUCACUGAAGAUGCUAUGGAAUUACCAAUUUCAGCAUCAGCAUUUCCCUCCAUCUUUGUUUAAUGUCAGUAGAACUGUCAUUGUGAAAAUUAGGGAAGCUAUGACUAUGUGUAUGCCAAAGGCUAACCACACACACAGCACAUACUUCAUGGUCAAUGUCAUAUUCUUAAAUUUGGACAUUGUUAAAUAUUUUCCAUGCAUUGGUGCUACCAUACAAAGUUUGGGGUUUGCCAAAGUCAUAACUAAUGUUGGAAAGGGCUUUCCUUCCUCCUGCUACAAAUUCUAUUCCUAGGGAGCAGUGAGGUUCCAGUUCUGUGUUGCUUUGAUGUUUGCUUCUCACUGACCCGUAUUAGUCAGUACAUACUAAAUUAGCAUCUGUUUCUGGCUCAGGGAGGAGGUAAUCUGGAAUCAUCCUGCCAGGGAUGACCAUGUGCCCAAUGAGCUUGGCUGUCUUGUUGCUGUGCAUCUAGUCUCCUGCCUUUUUUGCUUAUUAUCUAGAGCUCCUGGCCAUUAAGCUGUGCUUCUUAACUGCAUUUCUAGUUCAGAAUCAACUGAGUCGUUGUGCACUUUACCUGUGCUUGCCUUUGCUAGUUUCCUGUUUAUUGCUUUGGGUUGCAUAUGUCUUGAGACACCCAGUGUGAAUCCAGCUACCCCAGAUCCUAGUUCACUAAGUUCAAGCCUAUAAAUGAAAAUAAGUGCUGUGAGCCUGAUGCUUAGAAAUACUUUCAACAUUGGUCUGUAUGGAUUUGGUGAUCAAAGAGUAUUUAUGUUAUUAUUAAAGAUGAAAAAGAUCUGUGGAGUUGGAUGAUUACAUUGGAUGCUUUUGUUUCUGAGUGCCAAAUAAUAUGGAAUCCAAUUUAAAGGUACAUGUGCUUAGAAAUUUUGUAUAUCUAGUAUAUUCAUCCAAAGAGCUAAAUUACAUAGGAAAACACUGCUAUUUUUCAUCAGUGUUGUGGAAUUACUAAAUAUAUACUUUGUUCCAUGGUUUAAAAUUUUAGGAAAAAACUUCAAGUAGCAUUC